UCCAUUGGUUCACUCACCAACCAUUCACUUGGCCUCGUGUAACCAGAUGUUUUUUUGUAAUAGUUAACCGUUUGAAAACAGUUGAAGUUGAAGAGGGUAUUGAAAACAAACAAACAAUCAUUUGCAGAGAAAACAUUGAUUGACAACCUGCAGAUCAUGAUAACUGAUCGUGUACAUAAGAUCCUUUUAAUCCAGUUUCAAACUUUAUUGUUAAGAUGGCGUCUGGUGUUAUCCAAUUUCAUUGACCAUAAUACACUAGGCUUUUGCAGUUAUCAAAUUUGCUGUGGCUGAUUAUUCAUGUUCCUUAUAUCUUUCAUUCACUGGUAUGCACUUUUACUUGCUAAGACAAUAAAGCUCGGAACGUUUGAGAUAUAAUCUACCUUAUCUCCAUCUAUCAUUGUUCUGCAUAGUCAAAAUCUUUAUUCCUAAAUUAAGAGCCGAUGAACUCGAUGCCUCAUUGGAGAUAAAAACCAAGUUGGGAGCCUCUUUUUCACAGAAAGGCUGUUCGUCUUAACAGCAAAGGUCAGAUCACUACGAGCUUCAGAAUUCACUGGCAUCUACAAAGAUUGCAAAGACAUUUGCAAGUGAUAUCAAAUUAUUGUUGGGACCCAAUAUCUUAUUCGUAUAGCGACUGCUCUAAAGAAUCAAUAACUCUGGUACAUUUGAAUUUGAGAGCAAAUACUGAAAUACAAAAAAAUCGUUCAGAAGAAAUUUUUAGCCGGUAUACGACCUCACAACAGGAAUCUGCACAAUACGACUUGCUUUUCUCGAUUCAUUCUUGUGAACCAUUUUAUACUGGAUAAAUCUUCAAGAUAAAACUCUCAUCUAUCCGGUUAUUUUACAAGACGUGAAGCAGAAGUCAGCAUUUGAAGAAUAUUCGAGGCAAUGUGCAGUUUGCAACUGAUGUCUGAAGAUUUGAAGAAAACAGUGGAAUCGAUUUAAUUCGAUAAUUUCCUUUUUUGCACCAUUCGUAAUGCAGACUCAAAGAUAAUUGAUUUUUACCCAGAAAAGAAAAAAAAGGAUCAGUAACGUCUUAACGAGGAACAAAAGAAACAAAAUCAAAACUUGGAACGAGCAGAUCAAGGUAAAUAAAAGGUAGACGUAAGAAAAUAUUUCUUCCGGGAUUUAAUGAACCACUAAAGGCUAGAUUUCAGUGAAGGUCGAGCUAGUUACGAAACUUACAAAGAAUCAAUUCUCAAAACAAAAAAGAAUGUCAUUUUGGACCCGAAUAAACGCACCAAGUUCCAGUGGAUUUUUAGAUGUAUAAAAGAGACCAGAAAGAAAGAAAACUCUAGUUGUCGGGUAGUAUUUCCUCAGUAGUCAUUAGAUCUCAAGAAGGAGAAAAUGGAAGAAAACCCAAAGAAGAAGAAAGACAAGGAAGAAAAAGGUCUGUCAUUUUCCAUCAGUCGAAUUUUGCAGAAUCAUGAAGAAAGCAAGGCAGUGACAAUUGAAUGCGACGAGAAAACGAACAGCAAACACACCAUCGGUUACCAAUGCUGUGAAACCAACGAUGACGUUCUAAAGUUCACCGUAGAGAGGGUUUCAGAGCCUCUGACAAUGCACCCAUGGCAGAUCCUGACAAAGCAAACAAAUCGAAGGAUAGGCCAUCCGUAUCAAAGCAGGGCAGCACCAAAAAGAAAAAAGCCAAGAACGACAUUCUCCAGAGCACAAAUUGCAGAGCUGGAAGAGCUAUUUACAGAGAAAAAAUAUCUAACGUCGUCUGAAAGACAGAAAGUAGCUAGUUAUUUGAACUUAUCUGAUUGCCAGGUAAAGACGUGGUUUCAAAACAGGAGAACCAAAUGGAAACGGGAAACUGAAGAAGAAAAAGAAGAACAAAGACAUGCAUUAAACAGAACUAUGCUGACAUUUCACAAAGAAAGGCCGUUAACAUUGCAUUCAUAUCAUCACUUAGCAAACAACACUUGAAGAAGCUAGCAAAAAGUUCGUACACAUCCGAGUGUUUGCCUCGUUUACUUUUGCCUCGUCCCGUUCACAGUAUGCUAGCUGCAAUGGUGAUUUAGGCUCAUCUUCCAACCUACUCUGCCCCAACUCCCCAUUCUCUCGUCUUUAAGGCAGUCACGGGGCUAUUGCAAUAGGAAUUUGUUUUCAGUUAGUACGUUACGCUGUAUAUCAACAGCAAUCAGUGGGCAAGUUAAGAUUACAACGGUUUGCUAUGUCUCUCUUUCGGUUAGCAACACCAGCUCGCUGAAUACAGUUGUUCAGUUUGCUUGAAAAAGUAAUGAAGUAAACGGGAAGAAUCUGAAGCUAUCAUCGUGAAAAUCCAAGUCGUAAUCAAAGAUGAUGAUCAACUUGAUAAUCUAUCAUGAUAGUAAAACAUGGCAAUCCAACUUGAUGGUCUAACAUAACAAUCCAACAUGACAAUCCAACACGAGAAUCCGACAUAACAAUCCAACAUGACAAUCCAACACGAGAAUCCAACAUGACAAUCCAACAUGACAAUCCAACACGAGAAUCCGACAUAACAAUCCAACAUGACAAUCCAACACGAGAAUCCGACAUGACAAUCCAACAUGACAAUCCAACACGAGAAUCCAACAUGACAAUCCGACAUGACAAUCCGAUAUGACAAUCCGACAAGACAAUCCAAAAUGACGAUCCUGAUGAUAAUAGUGCAAACCACUCACCGGCAGCGAUGUUUAUGUGAUAUUUAUUUUUGUGACAUCACUGUGACAUUUUUAUACCUUAAUUAUGCAAAUAAAAAAGGAACCACCUAAGAAUAGUUACAAUCUUUGAUUAGAAAGAUGAAUCUCGAAAACGAGUUACCAAGAUAACAUAGCUUGAAGUUAGCAAUAUAAUAUUCGUUCUUUCAGUGAACAAAAAAGAACUUUAACCUUUAUCUUAAAAUAAACACAUACUGCUUUUAAGUAAAAUCCAUUGACAGGUUUGUCGUGUAAGGAGAAUGUUGUAUAUGAUAAAAUCGAAUAUUAAUUAGCCUUUUUUAUGAGUAGAUUAUCUAUGUUUGGAGAGUUGUAGAUUAAAAUAAUUUCAACGAUUUGUGUAACUAAACUUGAGACAUGAAAUUAUAGAAGAAAUAUCUUC